CGGCCUUGCCGGCCUGGCCUAUAUUUCGGCGCGGCGUGCAGGCUGCUCUGUCUCUGUCGCCGUCUGACGCGACUGGUUACCAGUUCCUCGAGCGCCGAGCGCCGAGGCAGACCAGAUCUGUGGCUCCCCAAAGGCUUCGACGCUUCGUACGCAGCCUCAACAGUCAACGCCGGUAGGCUCCACCAGAGGUUCUGUGGCUCCGAAGUAUGGCCGGCCACUUCGUCCUCAACACCGGCGCCAAGAUCCCGUCUGUCGGGCUCGGCACCUGGCAGGCCGACCCCGCCGUCGUCGGCGAAGCCAUCUACGCCGCCGUCAAGGCAGGUUACAGGCACAUCGACUGUGCUCAAGCAUACCACAACGAAAAGGAGGUCGGAUUGGGUCUCAAGAAAGCGCUCGACGAGGGCAUAGUGAAGCGUGAGGUUCUCUUCAUCACCUCCAAGCUCUGGAACACCAACCAUGCGCCAGAGGACGUCCCAGUUGCGCUGGACGGCACGCUGAAAGCCCUGCAGACGGAUUACGUGGAUCUUUACCUCGUCCACUGGCCGGUGAGCAUGAAGAAAGGCGCCGGGUUUGGCCCGCAAAGCAUUAUCCCGUCAGAUAUUCCGGCGACCUGGGCGGCGAUGGAGAAGCUGUACGACGCCGGCAAGGCGCGCGCCAUCGGCGUCAGCAACUUCUCGAGCAAGAAGCUGGCGGACCUGCUCGCCGUGGCGCGCGUGCCCCCGGCCGUCAACCAGGUGGAGUGCCACCCCCUGUGGCAGCAGGGCAAGCUCCGCGCCUUCUGCGAGUCCAAAGGGAUUCACCUCUCGGCCUACUCGCCGUUGGGCUCGCCGGGCACGACGAUCGUGAAGGUGAAGGCGGGCGCGGUGCUGGAGCACCCGGUGAUCGUGUCGGCGGCGGAGAAGCUGGGGAAGACGCCGGCGCAGGUGGCGCUGCGCUGGGGCGUCCAGAUGGGGCACAGCGUGCUCCCCAAGAGCACCAACGAGGAGAGGAUCGGGGCGAACAUCGACGUCUACGACUGGUCCAUCCCGGACGAACUGUUCGCCAAGUUCUCCGAGAUCGAGCAGGGGAGGUUGAUUCCCGCGAGCUUCUUCGUGCACCCGGAAGGCGUGCUCAAGUCCGUCGAGGAGCUCUGGGAUGGCGAGAUCUGAGGUCACCGUCUGGGCUGCGCACCGAACUGAAUUUCAAAAAAAAACUUGGUCGGGCGUACGGAGUCCUACAACAAUAAAUUUGUUUGAACUGUGACAGAAAUGAAGUGCACGUGUGCGAUUCCCUGCUCGUAGCCGAUGCCAGCAAAAGCGAAUUUUAAUUUUCAGUUUCCCAAAGCGAAUUGCUUUUGCUGA